UGACAAACAUAUACGAAGUAUACCGUAAUCAAAUUAGUACUCGGCAGUCGGCACUCCAUUUCUUUAAGUGUAAAGCAGCAGAAAUCAGAGUAGAAUAAAAAUGUCAGUAGUAGAGAUCAAACUCUCUCGAUCAAACCGCAUUUAUCGCCCUGAUGAACCACUUCAAGGUAAAAUCAUCACCAAGUUUUCAUCUUCUGUAUCCCAUUAUGGUGUUCGCCUAUCUGUCAAUGGAUCAGUCAAUCUCCAGGUUCGUGGAGGCUCAGCUGGGGCUAUUGAAUCUGUUGUUGGUGUUCUUAAACCCAUUACAAUUGUGAAAAAGAGUGUUGAAAUUAGACCUUCUGGGAAGAUAAGCUCAGGCACUACGGAGAUUCCUUUUUCUUUGAUUUUGAAACAACCAGGAGAGAGCAAAUCAGGAAAAUUUUACGAAACAUUUCAUGGGGAAGAUAUAAGCAUCCAGUAUCUGCUAACUGUAGAAGUAGCACGCGGUUACCUGCACAAGUCAUUGUCAGCAACAUUAGAGUUCAUCAUUGAAAGUGAAAAAGCGGAACUUCUUGAGCUGCCUAUUUCGCCUGAACUCGUGCUCUUCUAUAUCACGCAGGAUACCCAAAAGCACCCAUUGCUUUCUGAACUAAAAUCAGGUGGUUUUCGUGUAAGUGGUAGAAUUCCAACUCAGUGCUCAUUGUCAUGUGCCCUCAGAGGAGAACUGACUGUAGAAGCAUCUGCAUUGCCAAUCCAGUCUAUUGAUAUCCACUUGCUACGUGUGGAAUCCAUUCUUGUUGGAGAUAGGAUUGCAUCAGAAACAUCUUUGAUUCAAACUACUCAGAUAGCAGAUGGAGAUAUCUCUCGAGGCCUGACUCUACCCAUUUACGUCUUACUUCCAAGGCUUUUAACUUGUCCCACUGUCUUAGCCGGUCCAUUCUCAAUUGAGUUCAAGGUCUCCAUUGUCAUCAACUUUCAGUCAGAGCUUAGCAAACUGCACCCCAAAUCUGAUCCCAGAACGCCAAGACUGUGGCUUGCAAUGGAAACAUUGCCACUUGAAUUAGUUCGGACCAGGUGAAAGAUUGAUUGGCAACUCGCCUUUUCUCUCUCUACACUUCUAGGAAUGCAGUGAAAGAUGGUCGGUAAAUCAGGAAAAUUAUCGUGUUAAUUAAUCAGCAGUAUCCAUGUUCAGAAUUAUGUUGUAUCCUUCAUUUGGCAGUCACUGGCCAUAUAGAGCUUAAAGAUGUUGGCGUUGUGUAUAUUGAUCAGGAACAUGCUGUCGGAAUUCUUUGUUUUAUUUGAUACAUUACACAAAGAACAUGAUGAAUUGAUGAGUAGUGAAGUGCUCAUAUGCUUAUUUCGAUUAUUGAUUGAAAUCGUAUAUUUCAUUGAACUAUUGAAGAACUGAAAUCAUAUACUUCCUCCGUUCUUUA